AAACUAAUGGAUUUGAAGAAGAAAUUAAAAUCUAUUGUUUCCAGACAGGGUACGCAAUUUCCUCCAGCAAUUACAGAAGGAAUUUCGACAAAAGAUUUAUCUUCACAGCAGACUAUAGUUAAAAAGGAUGAUAUUCAAGAAAGUAAUUGUGAUCCUGCAGUGGAAGAAGAAAUUUUAAAUUCUGUGGAGAAUAUUUAUUACAGUGAUGAUACUUUUGAUUCUAGUGAAUUUGUUCUAAAGGGUACGCAAUUUCCUCCAGCAAUUACAGAAGGAAUUUCGACAAAAGAUUUAUCUUCACAGCAGACUAUAGUUAAAAAGUAUAAUUUGAAGGUAUCAAAGAAAGUCCUGGAUCUCAUUUUACAAAAUCAGUCUGCAUAUACUUUAGAAUUACAGCGUGUAACAGAAUUACAAAAGAAUUUGGAAACUGCAAGUAGUAUCUGUGCUGCAAGUCGAAGCAUAAUGGGGGAGAUAGAAUACAAAUUAAGUGAAACUGAUACCAAAAUAUGGAUUCAAGAAACUGAUGUACGAUUAGGUGAAUUACUUGAAGAGGAAGAUUAUCCCGGAGCAAUACAGUUGUGUCUGGAAUGUCAAAAAGCUGCUAGCACAUUUAAACAUUAUAAAUGUAUUUGUGAUUUAAGUUCAAAACUGAAAGAUACUUUAGUAAUGACAGAAGAACAGUUAGAUGUUGCCUUAUCCAAAGUUUGUUGUCAGUUUGAUAAAACAUACUAUGAGAAACUUCAAGCUGCUUAUAAACUUCUGGGAAAAACACAGACAGCAAUGGAUCAGUUAUUAAUGCAUUUUACUAGUGCUAUUCAUAACAAAGCAUUUGUAAUUGUUUUGGGAUACGUUGAAUUGUGUGCCGGUCAGAGUGAAACUAAUUUCCAGAAAAGGCAAUAUACAGAUCUAUGUAAACAUAUAACAGCAGAAAGUUUUACACCAUGUUUGAUAAAUCUGUGUAAAGCAUUAUGGGAAAUUAUGUGCAGUUACUGGUGUAUUGUUGAAUGGCACGAAGAAAAUGUUAAUACAUCAAAAUAUGAGGAAAUCAAUAAUUCUCAUUUGGAAGCAGAAUUUAGUCAUAAUUAUAUUAAACAAAAAUUGGAAUGUGGAUUAUUGAGAAUAUGGCAGGAUGUUCAGCAAAAAGUGAAAACAUACAUUUCUUCAUGUGAUUUAUCUUCUUUUAAAUUUGAUGAAUUUAUUAAGAUUUUGGAUAUAGUUCGUAGAUUAAUGGAUAUAGGGGAAGAAUUCUGUGAAAGCAAAUCUGAAGAUCUACAAGAAUCAUUGAGAAAGCAAUCUCUUAAUUAUUUCAGAAAUUAUCAUAGGAGUUACCUUGAAGAAUUAAGAAUGUUUUUAGAAAAUGAAAGCUGGGAAUUGUGUCCGGUUCGAACAACUUUCAGUAUUUUGCAUUUACAGGUAAAAAUCACUUUAUUAAAUAAAUCAAAAAAAUAUAUAUCAUACUGCUGCAAUUUUGUAAUUUGAAGUGAUUAAUAUAUAUAUAAAAACAAUUCAGAAAGUUUUUUUUUACACUUUUUGCCAUAUGGACACAACUUAUCUUAUAUUUGGCCAGGUCCACAAUGGGGCAGCCAGAUGAUGAUAGAUGAGGCUUGACAUAUCUGGGAUGGAUCACUCAGAAAAAUUCCUAGAAUUACAGGCUGGUGCUUUAACCUACUCAGACAUCUGGCUGUUCUAGAAACUGUUUUAAAGGCUAUGUCUUUAAUAAGACUUUAGUAAAACUGUUUAGAUGUCUUUGUUUCUAUCAUUUGGCUAUCACUCAGGCAUAUUUGAAUAUAUACUAA